UCACGUUGUGGGAGUGGUUCUCAGGUAAUUGACAAACCCCAUGUGCUGUGAAUCCAUCCAGAGCUCCUUCAGACUCCUGUCCAAGCAGUCUUAAGAGUUUCAGUGCUGACUGAGGUUGUUGUUUUUUGGUCAGGAUGCCUCGUGCGCAGCCUUUUUACUCUGAAUUCUUCUACCAUCCUCUGACUGAGGAUGUGGAGGAACUCCUGGCUCGUUUCCAGCACACUGACUCCAUCAGGUAUGAGGAGUUUUCAGCCAUUUGGAGGGAGAUGAGCUUCUCAGAUGUUUUCAUAGGUAUCAUCAGUGAGGGUGAAAUGAAGAGAUUCUGCAGAGUAGCGCUGGCCACAGCCGUGAAGUUCUUCCUGCCUCCAUACAGCUACCAGAUCAGAGUGGGAGCCUUAUAUCUGAUGUAUGGUUUGUACUAUACACAACUUGCCACUCCACCUGUGCAGAUUAGACUCGCCAUGAAGGACUGGGCUAUAGUCCAGAAGUUUAUCAAGGACUCUGUGGAUUCUGGGCAUCAAGAUAUUGCUUAUAUAAUUAAAAAGCUUGUUGCAGCCAAAGCCAUACAUUACGUCGCCAUGCCACAUUUCCUCAGCUUCCAAAAGCAGAGGAAGCCAAAGAGGGAGCCUUUGUGUGCAGAGUUUGUUGGGAGGACCACAGCUGUCCAGGAGCUCGCCUCUGCAGAGGUCCUGGUGGAGCUGGCCAACAUCCAGAGCAAGUAUGAGAAGCUGAAGGAGGCCACGGUGGAGGUCAAAGGCCACGCCACCAUGACACAUCAAGGCUUUUCCGCCGGCCUGAAAGACUGCAUGUCAGAGUUCACCACGUGGCAGCAGAAGACUUUCUCACAGGAUAACAAAGACAAGAACUCUGAUGAGGAGGAGGAAGAAGAGGAGGAGAAGCCAGCUGAGUCCAGCAGCAGGAGGGCCAGACUCCUGUCCUCCAUCAAGCAGAAGAGCUACGGCAUAUUCCCAGACGCGUCCAAGUCCAGGAGGCAUCGACAGGUUGAGACGGUGGAUUCCUCCGGCUCAGGAGCAGAGCAGCUCCAGGACACGGCGGCUCUGCAGCGAAAGAGGCCUCCGUCACUGCGAGCUCGGACCUGGCAGAGUCUCGGGUUGACGAAGGAGAACUGCAAGCUCCAGACGUGGCUCCUGAGUGCUCCUGAGCAGGAGAGGGUCCCAGUAAAGAGGACCAGCCACACGGCACCUUUCAAAGCAUGA